AUGCGUAGGUUUCGCCUUCGUACGAGUGACGUCCCCGUCGCCGACGUCCCAUCGGCACUUGCCGCAGACGAAGAGAAGACGGCUAUUGAGUCCAAGGUCGAGACGGACGAUGCCAGUCCGGUCGAUUCCCAAGUCCAGCAUGGAGUCCGGGGUGCUCAAGCUGUCACCCAGGUCUGGACGAGGAACCAGCUGCUGUUUGCUUAUGCCAACAUCUGGGUUAUCGAAUUUGUCCUAGCCUAUUCUUCUGGCAUUACAUCAACACUUACUCCCUAUGUCACCAGCUCGUUUGAGGCUCACUCACUAACGGCUUUGACAUCCGUCAUUUCGAGUUUGGUUGCCGGCCUGUUCAAACUUCCUUAUGCAAAACUGAUUGAUAUCUGGGGGCGUCCCCAGGGCUUCGCCCUCGUAGUGUCGUGCAUGGUCAUAGGCUUCAUCAUGAUGGCUAGCUGCAAUAACGUCAAAACCUACUGCGCCGCGCAGGUCUUCUACAUGACCGGCUACAACUGUGUUGACUUUUCAUUGACCAUCUUCGUUGCCGACACAUCGUCGCUUCGAAACCGGGCCUUGAUUAUUGCAUUUAUUGCUUCCCCUUGGAUUGCAACCGUAUGGGCGUACGGCCCGACAGCCCAAAGUCUCCUAGGCACCAUCGGCUUCCGCUGGGGCUUCGGUAUCUGGGCCAUUGUUCUUCCUGUCGUGUGCAGUCCCUUGUUCGGGCUCUUUUACUACAAUCAGCGCAAAGCUGAGAAGCAGGGUCUCCUCAACACCGAGCCGAGCGGACGCACUUUUGCCCAGAAUGUCAUCUAUUAUGGCCGCGAGUUUGACGUUAUUGGCAUUCUGCUUAUUGCUGCUGGACUCGCAUUGUUUUUAUUGGCUUUCAAUAUCUACACCUACCAGCCGGACCAAUGGCGAUCACCGCUGAUCAUCUGCUUUAUCAUCUUUGGCGGGCUACUGAUCAUUUUCUUUGCCGUAUACGAACGGUACUUGGCUCCGGUGACAUUCAUACCAUGGGCACUGAUGAAGGAUCGAACUGUAUUUUUCACCUUCAGCAUGAUCGCCAGCUUGUAUACCGCCUGGUAUAUUUGGGACAGCUACUUUUACUCCAUGUUAAUCGUCGUUUUCAACCAAAGCGUCUCACACGCUACCUAUAUUCAAAAUAUCUAUACUGUGGGAUCAACCUUCUGGUCGCUCGUUAUGGGUGUAAUCAUCCGGUAUAACGGCCGCCUCAAAUGGCAGGCCCUCUACUUUGGUGUCCCUAUUACGAUCCUUGGGGUUGGGUUGAUGAUCAAAUUCCGCCACCCCGAUGUCGACAUCGGCUACAUUGUCAUGUGCCAGAUUUUCGUCGCCUUUGGCGGUGGCACCUUGGUCAUCUGCGAACAAAUGACUGUCAUGGCUGUCACCACACAGGCGCUUAUUCCGUCCAUUCUGUCCAUGGAAGGCAUGAUGACAUCGGUCGGCAAUGCUAUCGGCUCUACAAUCGCCGGUGCCAUGUGGACUGGUGUCUUCCCCAAAAAGCUCGCCGAGUAUUUGCCAGCAGACGCACAGAAAGAUCUCGCCUCUAUUUAUGGCUCCAUAACAGUGCAGUCAUCCUACCCAGUUGGAAGCCCAGUACGGGACGGGAUCAACCACGCUUAUGGCGAUACCCAGAAACUAAUGUUGAUCGCUGCGACAUGUCUCUACAGUGUCACUCUGGCUUCAGUCUUUUUCUGGAGGGACAUCAAUGUCAAGAAAAUCAAGCAAGUCAAGGGUUUGAUCUUCUAA